AUGCCCAUGUAUCAACCAAAUGGCUAUAGGAAUGUGAAGUUAGAUGUGGGUGCUGGUGGGCAAGUUCUAGAUCUAGAAACCGCCAUUAAAGAUGGAGUUUUGGGCGGAGGUGUUGGCGGCGGCGGCGGUGUUUUAGGUUGUGCUGGUGUGGCGGAGAAAAAAGUGGAUCUGAAGAAGAUGAUUGAAGAGCUUGAAUCAAUAGAAGUGCCAUCAGUGUUUAUAUGUCCAAUUUCGUUGGACCCAAUGCAAGACCCAGUCACUCUUUGCACUGGACAGACUUAUGAGAGAUCCAACAUCCUCAAAUGGUUCUCUCUGGGUCAUUGCACUUGCCCCAUUACAAUGCAAGAGCUUUGGGAUGAUAUGGUCACGCCAAACAGGACUAUGCAGCAGCUGAUUUAUAGCUGGUUCUUGCACAAGUUCUUGGCUAUGAGGAAGAGAUCGGAGGAUGUGCAAGGAAGGGCUAUUGAGCUUCUGGAAAAUCUGAAGAAAAAAGUUAAAGGUCAAGCUAGAGUGCAAACUUUGAAGGAAAUUAGGCAGCUUGUGGCUGCACAUUCUACAGCAAGGAAGGCUGUGCUGGAUAAUGGUGGGACUGCUUUGGUGUCUUCUUUACUGGGCCCCUUUACCACUCAUGCCGUUGGGUCUGAGGUAGUUGGAAUUCUAGUGAAUCUGGAUCUUGAUUUUACAUCCAAGUCGAAUUUGAGGCAACCUGCCAAGAUAUCUUUAAUGGUGGAUAUGUUGAAUGAGGGUUCUAUUGAGACCAAGAUUAAUUGUACCCGAUUGUUAGAAAUGUUGAUGGAAGGGAGUGAUUUUGAGCAUGAAAACAUGUCAAGCUUGAGUCUUUUAGUUGGUUUGUUGAGGUUGGUGAAGGAUAAGAGACACCCAAAUGGGCUAUUGGCUGGACUUGGUUUGUUAAAGAGUAUUUGUUCGCAUGAGUCAGUUCGUGGCUCAGUUGUAAGCAUUGGGACUAUUCCUCCAUUAGUGGAGCUAUUGACAAGUUUGAAUAGUGAGUGCUUGGAAUUAGCACUUCAUAUUCUGGAGGUUCUUUCAAGUGUUCCCGAGGGAAGAUUGGCUUUGAAGGAUUGUGCCAACGCAAUACCGAAUUUGGUCAAGUUAUUGAUGAGGGUUUCAGAGUCUUGCACACGGCUUGCGUUGUCGAUAUUAUGGGCUGUUUGCAUGCUCGCACCAGAAGAAUGUACUGCACUUGCUGUGAAGGCGGGUUUGGCAGCCAAACUACUACUUGUAAUACAGAGUGGUUGCAAUCCUGCAUUGAAGCAGCAAUCGGUUGAACUAUUGAAAUUGUGUAGUCUAAAUUACACAUCAACCAUUGUCAUUUCUGAUUGUAAGCUUACGAGAAUAAUGCAGUGA